GGAGUGGACCUAGACGCAGCACAGCUGCGAUCACGGGCCCUGUUUCUGUUCUCAUUAUAACCCGGGUUUUGGAUGGCAGCACGGCGGAGCUGAGUGAGUCCAAUCAUUCCGAGGCGCUGAGUUCGUACGGGUCACGGUGCUUGCACAAGACACGGCCAAAAUAACUAUGGGACCAAGUUUUUGGAGCCUUUGUGUCCUCUUGUGUGCCUGGACAUGGGGAAAAAGUAUGGGCCUGUCACGGCGAAGGAGAGCCUGGGAGGAAAAGGGAGAAGACGGGCCUAAAAAAUGCUCAUAUACUUUCCUGGUUCCCGAGCAGAAGAUCACAGGGCCUAUCUGUGCAAGUCGUGGCCCCUCGCUUCCGGACAAGGAUCGCGUAACCAGGAUGGACAUAGCAGAUGUCCGUGAGCUGAUGUCCAAGCAACGGCGUGAAAUCGACACCUUGCGGAUGGUAGUGGAUGUUGAUGGCAACAUGGUGAAUGAGAUGAAACUGCUACGGAAGGAGUCUCGGAACAUGAAUUCACGCGUCACGCAACUCUACAUGCAGCUUCUACACGAGAUCAUUCGCAAGCGGGAUAAUUCGCUGGAGCUCGCACAGCUUGAGGGACGCAUCCUCAAUGCAACAGCUGAGGCAUUGCGGCUCUCAGCCCGCUAUAAGGAUCUUGAAGCCCGAUUCUCUAAUCUUGCCGCUGUGGUCAAUAACCAGUCUAUUCUGAUCAGUGCUCUGGAAGAGAGGUGCCUGCAGGUGUACGGGAAUCAUAGGCAGGAACCGCUUCCCCCGCCGCUCGUCCAGGUUGUUCCCGAGAACAUUCCGGUGCACGUGCCCCGUCUUUCCAAUGAGAUCCAGAGGGUCCACGGCCGAGCUUUACCAAGGGAAAGGGGAUCUAGAUCAGGCUUAGAACCUACUGAAAGUACCCUGGAACUCAAACGACCACAAACUGGCAACUUCAGUUCAGAAGGUCCUUUCCAUGACUGCCUCCAUGCAAUGCAGGCUGGACAUGCUACUACUGGAAUGUACCUUCUUAAGCCAGAAGGCAGUGACAGGCCUAUGCAAGCAUGGUGUGAACAAGACGUGGACAACGGAGGCUGGACCAUCAUCCAGAGAAGGAAGGAUGGCUCUGUUAACUUUUUUAGAAACUGGGAAAGUUACAAGCAAGGAUUUGGCAACAUAGAUGGUGAGCACUGGCUGGGUCUGGAAAACAUCUACAACUUGGGCAAGCAAGGAGAUUACAAGUUGCUGGUGGAGCUUCAGGACUGGAUGGAAAAGAAGGUGUACGCAGCCUACAGCAGCUUCCAUCUGGAGCCUGAGAGCGAAGCGUAUCGACUUCGCCUGGGCACUUACCAAGGCAAUGCUGGGGAUUCUUUGACCAGUCAUAAUGGCAAACAGUUCACCACACUGGACCGGGACAAGGAUGCCUUCACAGGAAACUGUGCUCACUUCUACAAAGGUGGCUGGUGGUACAAUGCAUGUGGCCAGACCAAUCUCAACGGCGUCUGGUACUCUGGCGGUGUUUAUCGCAACAAGUUCCAAGACGGUAUCUUCUGGGCCGACUACGGCGGAGGUUUCUACUCCAUGAAAGCUGUGCGCAUGAUGAUCAGACCUAUAGACUGAAGCAAAAAGCAAACAAACCAAGCCAAAACCUUAACAUAGUUGAAAGCCUCCAUCUCUGUGAAUAUGCAGUGGAAAAACUGAAAAGUUAAAAGAGCUGGAAAAGAACUCGCAAUUCCGAUUUUAAGUAGAUAAAAAGGUCAAACCGAUCAGCUUUUUACGAGCCCAGAUCUUUGGAGGUUCCUGUGCACAUAAGGCUUUUAUACAAACUGCAUCAUGAUUAGACAAUAAAUCAAAGGUGCAUGUAGUUUUCAUGGAUAUAUUUCACUGCAGGGACCCUUAUAAAAUGCCAUUGUGGUUUCCUUCAAGCUUAUUUGUGAAUGCGUUCAUUCAUUUCUGCUUUUAUUUAACAAUCCUUCCACUUUGCUUGCUCAGAGUUGUGGUCACAACAGCCUGAGAAGGUCAGCCAAGAGAUCUAAAUUGAAUUAAAUUUUAUUUGCCUGAUAUUUUGAAGCUUUGGAGUUAGAUUUUAAACAAAUCAGGAUCAGAUUGCAUCUGCUUCAUGGUCAUCCACAAAAUACAACUCUAGUGGAAGAAUUAUGAGGUGCCACACCCUCUGGAAUGGUUUUGCUCAAACUCAUUACCCCCUAAGCAAAGGGACAAUUUAAAUGACCAAAACCAAUUUCAAAAUUUACAACGGUUGUAAAGCCUGUCAGUGGUUGAACUGUUUAAAUUCAAUGUUGGUACACUUCCCCAUCACCCAGGUCCCCCAUGGUGCAAAUCUUCAAGCAGAUACCCUUAUAGCUCAGUGGUUAAGACUCAGGGUUGCUCAAUGGAGGGUAGGGGGUUCAAGCCCUGUUAUCACCAAGCUGCCACUUUUGGGCCCUUAUCCAUCUGUUCUCCAGGGGUGCUGUAUCAUGGCUGACCCUGCACUCUAACCCUAGGUUCCUAACAUCAUUAGGAUAUUUGAAGAAAGAAUUUCACUGUGCUUUACAUUCAAUCCAGAGCGGCUUAAAACUGAGCACUAGAAGGGUAAGGGCCUUGCUCUGGCACCUACAUGGGUGAUUCUGGGAUUUGACUUGCACUCUUCUGAAGUCCAACACCUUAACCACUAAGCUACUAUUGUACCUCCACCUCCAAUCCCACUUGUCUGUGUCUGAAAACAACCAUUCUGAGAAAGUUUGAGCACAGCUACCUCAGUCUGCACCUAAGCGAUCUCUAAUGUGAUUCGAUUUUAGUUAGUUCUCUCAAUUGACUCGACUACAAGAUGCUGGGUUUUUGAGUGGUAUCAUACCUGACCUUUAUUGUGCAGGUGGGGCAUUUGUGAACCCGAAAGACUAAAUGAAAAGACUGUACCUUGCAGUAGCUUUCAGAGAACUGAAAUACAUCAAAUUUGACUAAACUUCAAUUCGAUUUAAUUUAAUUAAAUUCGAGUUUAUUUCUAUCGUGUUUUUUUACAAUGGACUCAAAUCAGCUUUACAAAGAUAAAGCAGUUAUAAAGAUGUAUAAAUGUGUAUUAAAACUAUCUACAUUU